UAGAUUUGUUUGUGUUGAUUAAUGGCUACCGUAAAUAGAUCUAGAUCUAUAAUAUGCUCAUUGAAUUGCUUAAAUGAUAUUUAGAAAGCGCAUAAUCUAUUCGUAAUUGUAAUAACUAAUAGUUAUUUAUUUUAUUAUUAUUGCUAAUUGGGCAAAGUAUCUAGAGCUAGAUUCUAAAUCUAGCUAGAAUCUAGGCUCGAUCUACACAAAUCUUGCACAGGAAGUAAAGACUUGGUAACACUUGGUUGAGACGUUGAGUUUAGAUUAACGACGAGAGUAACGUCACUAAUAGAUCUAUAAAGACCAGAAAUGUCAUACAGCAGCAGAGAAAAUAGUCGCAGGUCUAGCAGCGACGGAAAUUUAGGAGGCUUUAGAGUUUAUGUUGGAGACUUAGGAUCGCGAAUAGGCAGAACAGAUUUAGAAAGAGAAUUCGGACAGUAUGGGCCUAUUACAGAUGUUUGGAUGGGAAGAAAACGGGAAGUAACUUCACCAAGUUAUGCAUUUGUUGUUUACCGGUAUCCAGAAGAUGCAGAAGAAGCAGUUAGAGAUAGAAAUGGAAGAAAGUUGUGUGGACGAAAAGUACGUGUUGAGCAUGCCAAACCUAUAAAUAGUAAUCCUCGUAGAUUCCGAGGAGGUUGGGUUAACAGAGGUAGAGGAGGAGACAGAGGGGACUAUAGAGGUAACCAGCAAAGUAGAUUCAGAGAGAGAUACAACAACAAUAGGAGGUCAAGAUCUCAAAGUCCUGCUAGAAACAGUAGAGGGCAGCAAUCACCAUCUUCAAACAGAAAUGAUGACUUUGAUAGUUCAUCCCCAAAGAAAUAUGCUAAGCGAUCUGCUUCAGACUCACCGGACAAUAAAUCAAAGAAAAAAUUCAAGAGAGAUGUGUCCACAACACCAUCCCCACCCAGAGCAAAAGACAACACAGAUUCUGAUAGCUCAUCAUCACCUCCACCAAAGAAAUCAACUAAGAAACAAAAAAGAGGACACUCACCAUCACAGAGUCCACCAAGACAUGAUGAGCGACCAUAUCAAAAGUUUCAGGAAGUCCCAAGAAAAAGUGCCCAGAACAAAAAGAAAACCAAUUAUGCAGACACUUCUAGUAGUGAGGACUAGUUGCCUUUUCAUUGAUUUAUUCAUUGCUUUGUAAUAUAGUUUCAAUUAUAGUAUUUUUGUAAUGGCUUUUUCUGUAAUGUUGAAUCACAUCCUACAUAUAAAUCUAUUUUGCUAUUGUGUGUGACUGUUCCAUUAAGAGCUUAAUGCUUUUGCUUUCAUUCUAACCUUUGAUUUACUUGAACUUUCUAUUUAUUCAUAUGCUUUGU